GAGGAUGCCAGCGCCUAACAUGGUAGGGACUCAAGGUCGCUCCUGAUGGCUUCGGAUAUUGUUGGUUGUGAUGGGGAUAAGGAGGCUUCAACGUAUAUUGUUUUGUUUUAUCUAAUCGUUUCUUCAAAUAAAUAUAGGGAGUUGAAUGACCUACGAUGUCUUCCUGAUUUCGCUGCACUAUGCUCCUGUUUGACGUUUUUUGGCGCUGAUCUUGGUAUUCAUCUAACAUUUCCACAGUUGUUCAACUUUCUUGGUCUCCAGAUGCAGCAAAUGCAAAGAUAUGGGAGACAUUGCACGUCAAACUUCUCAAUAAGUUAAAAUACCGAGCUCGUCCUGAUCGUUGGGAACCAGUCUUGGGACGCUUUUUGCUGAACCACGGUCUUCAUAUUGAAGGGAUUCAAACAGCUGUGGAAGUCCUCUUGAAUGCUGAAGCUGUAUAUGAUGACAAAGUGAAUAUUUUUGUUCAGGAAGGAGCUAAGCAUGUUCUUCCUAGUUAUUACAAACUUCCGCCUUACGUUCGUGUGAAAACUCUUCUUUGUCUUUUGGAAACCCAGUUUGAUCGUAAUCAACCCUUUAAAGACAAAGUGAAUUUGCGCUCUCCCGUGGAUCUGCGAUCUCCUCCUUUGGGUGUAGAUGUAUGGGGUAGAAGCUAUUGGUUGCUGAAGGAUUCAGAUGUAAAUAUUUACAUAUACAGAGAAGAUCAUCAAGAUAAUAGCUUUAUGUUGGUAUGUAAAUCCUUUGAUGACAUGCGUGAGCUAAUUGAGGAACUGAAAGGAGCAUAUUCAGAUGAUGAAAAGUUGGAAGAUAUUCUUAAGAAAAAGCAAGUUUCUUCAGAUAAAGCAGACCUAAAGGACCAAUUAACAAACUUAAUACAAGACGGUAUAGCUUCCCCUGAACAUGAGAUUUUCAAUAGCCAUAAGGAUUCUCCCGUUUCACUUGCAUUAACGUCAAGUGAAGAUUUAAAAAAUACUACACUGUCUUCGCUUCCAGUUGACUUUCAAGAACCACCUAUCCAUUCAGUUGAUAUGUUGCUAGGACCUUCAAAGUUCGAACAUUUGAUUAAAACUGAAGAACAAAAAAACGAAGAAAUAGAUCACCAGAUAUCUCCCAAUGACCAUUUAAACGGAAGUGACGAAGACCACCAUGAAAUGCCAGCUGAUGACUCCAAAGAAAGCAAUAUUGACACAAGUAAUGAAUAUCAACUCAAACCAGAAUGCAUUUCGGAUCAAGUUCUGAAACCAGAAGAGGAUUAUAGUGAGCAAACGAACGAAUAUUCUCAAUUAUCAGCUACAGAAGUACCCACUUCUGUUUUAUCAAACACUCAGAUCAAAAAGUCACGAAAGCACAGCUCAAGUAAAAGUUACUCUGAAAGUGCUAUCGGCGAACAACAGGAUUUGCGACGCAGUAGUCGGCAACGUAAACCUGUCCAAGUUUUCAAUAUCCAACCAACUCAGUCAAAACGCGUUAAAAUAUCCACUUCAGGUACUGAUUCGUUAUCGAAGACAAUUGAUAGAAAGGAUAGCCCUAAAAAACAAAAGAUACCAGCUAUUACUAUCCGUCUUUCUGAAAAUGGCCAUGUGGUGGAUAAGAAUCAAAAAAGGAGGAAGAAACGUCAUCGUAAAAAAUCCCGCAAGGGUUCAAACCCUUGGGUUUACGGGACAUCAUCCAGUGACUCAGACAUUGAGGAAGAUGAUUCUUUUGAGAAAGCACUUAUGCAACAUCUCAAUGUAGAUAGUGAUAAUUCAGCACCCUGUUCACCAGCAAAAGCGAACAAACACCUAAGUACUGAAUGGUCAGAUGCUCCUGAAAGUGAUUUCGAUCCAGAUGGGUUAGAUGUGCAAAGCGAUGUCGAUAGUGUAACUGACGGACGGAAUCUAGCUCGACAAAAACGUCUACAGAAAAAGUUUGUAUCAGAUUCUAGUACUAAUUUCAAUGAGGUUGAAAAAGAAGAACUUUGCCAGGUUUGCUUUAAGUCAAAUAUGCCUGACUGGAUGUUAUUGUGUGACCGAUGUGAUUUAGGUCAUCACGCUAUGUGUCUGUCACCCCCUUUGUACAUAAUCCCUGAAGGUGAUUGGUUCUGUCCACGUUGUCAACAUACUGCACUAAUAUUAGCCUUAAAUGAAACCGUCACAGCUCUUGAGGCGGAGUCCAAAAAACGAAAUAUCUGGAGACGCAUGCAGGAACGUUUAAAUUUUGUCAAUAUCAGUAUGACAAAUAUUUUGGGGGAUGAUGACAGUGAAUGUGAUGACAAGAAGAAUAAGAAAGGAAAAGUACUAAGAAGUACUCAAAGUAAUAAUGUUAACUAUGUCUAUAACAAUUCAUGUAGUGAAGAGGCUGAUGAUGUGGCCUCUGGAUCUGAUUCUGAAACGAAAAGUGCAGACUACAAUACUGAUUCUGGAGUUGACGGCCGGUCUCGCAAGAGUUCUGCUAGGAAUCCGCGACUUCGUCCGAGACGAAAGAUGCAACAUUCUAGACCUCGUCGGGUAAACUUCAAAGAAACAACUUUUGAUGACAGUGAAUCAUCCGGGUCCGAGUCCGAAUCUCCUCCUUGUAGAACUACGCGUCAGCGCCAGGUUAGGUACAAAAUGAGCGAAGCGUUUAAACAGCUAGAUGAAGCACUAGAAAUCGAUGAAAAGUAUCAAGAAGAGAAACAGCAAAGACUAAAACGCAAGUCUGCUGGGUACUCUAAUGAAUUUGAUGAUGAAAAUAUCGUAAAAAAUGAGGUGAGCAAUCAAGAGCCUAGUCGUUCACAUGGAAAGGACCUAUCAAACAUCUUAGGACCGGAAUGGAAAGAAUCUGAAAGUGAUUGUAGAGUGCAGUCUUUAUGCAAGAAACGUCGUAUUGGUAAUCUGUCUUCAAACUCAUCCAGUGAGUAUUCAUCUAAUGAAGAUGAAACACGCAGUAAGCCAGGGCGUAGCAGCAAAGUGAAAGAUGAAGAUUUCAAUCCAUCAUCUUUAGAAGAAUCAGAAAGCGAAGAUGAUGCUGACAAUCUGAACUGUGAUUCAAGUGAUGAAGUUGAUCAACUAUCGAGUGAUAAUAGUUGGCUUUCGACUGCUCGUCGUCGCUCUCGAAACUCAAGACAGAAUGUCCGUAAGAGAAGAAAUUUCUCUAACACUUAUCGUCGAUCACGGAAACCUGUUCCCCGCUUCGAAGACAGUGAUGAAUAUUCAGAUCGUAAAACAACGCGAUCAAGGAGAUGUACACGUACUGUUAUCAGCUAUCGAGAAUCAAACGAUGAGGCGUCAGACGAUUCCACACACAAUGCUACAGAUAUUUCCACUGCAAAUAAAAGUAAAGUUCGUAGGUUAUUGGACGAUGAUGAAGACGAUGCGAUUGGCGAAAAUAACACCGACCGAUCCCCGACCCCGAUAUCGCUUAGUUUGAAAGAGAGCCGAACGCAGAACAGUCGGAGAAUCAUUAAGUCUUCUUCUGACAGCGAUUAUCAGCCAUGUGAUGACGUUGAAGAAGCAGAGGAUAAUGAAAGUGAUAUAGUAGAUGCUGGCGAGUUGAAUGGAGCAAAUGAAUCAACACUUGUCAUCACUCCCAUUAAAAAAUUAGAAAACAUCGAAACAUCACAACUAAAUGAGACAACUGAACAUCAUACAUCAUCAGAGCUGAUAAUAUCAGAAACAAGUGAUAUCGACAAUUCCCUCUUUAAAGAUAAUGUAGUAUCACCAGUGAUUGUAUCAAAAUGUUGUAAAGAGGAAUUUGAUAACAGCGGUAAGAUGUAUUCAUCUGAUCCACUCAAAAACCAUGUAAAUGGCGAUAUUGGUGAUGAAGAAGAAGUCGAUGAUGAAGUUGAUGAAUGCCUACCAGUUCGGAAUUUUUGUUCACAUAUUUCACCACAUUUUGACAAAAAUAGCAGUGACAUUAAGCCGUACGUUUCCCCGGAUUUAUUUUAAAGUAUUUAUGUAUAUUUUUCUUAAUUUAUGGUUUUUAUCAUUGUUGUAUAUUCUCAUCAUUUUUAAUCUAUGAACUGAUAUUCAGGUAGGCUCAAUGACGGUAAUAUUGGCAGCAGUAAUAGCUAAAGUGAAAAAUAACACAAUUCCAUCGUAAUCACGUGUUCAAUCAUGCAAAACUCAGUCUCAUUACACUGUACAUAAAUAAAAUAAUUUUGCGGUUUAUUUAUUUCACAAUUUGUUGUAUACUAAACAAUUACUUGUUCGUGGGUGUUUUUUUCCAUGUGAUGUUUAUCUAUUUGUAAAAUAAUGGCUUAUUGGAUGAAAGGUUGAAGCAUUUAUCCCAGUCCAAAUUCUAUGAAUUACUAUCAGUAUAAAAUGUUCUUGGUGUUCAACUCCAUAAUGAAUGAAUGUGCCUGCAUAACAAUGCAUAAAUUUAUGUUUCUUUUCCCUUUGCAAGGCUUUAUGAAAGAUUUGUGUGUUUUUCUUCUUUCGACUAGGCUUUCGUUAAUGAAAUCAUGAUUUUCUAUUAUGAAAGAUAAUGUUUAUCAUUGAGUUUUACUUUCAUUUAAAAUAGAAAACAGUAGGAAGCAAGCAUUGAUCGAGAAUCUGAGUAUGUUUGACAUGCGUUUCGUUGGCAUCUGUCAAAUAUGAGAUGAUGUUCCACAACUGGUUAAGUCCAAGUACUCCCAGUUUAAUGAUUAGGAGUGAAGUGGCAGAAUGUGUCGAUCACUUCACUUACUUGGGAAGUUGCAUUAAACCCGAACGAACUGGUUGCUGACGAAAUGUCAGCUCAGAUACACAAGGCCCGUCUGGCAUAUCCAAAUUACGUCAUCUGUGUCACCGACUGGCGAGCUAUCCGACUGUCUAUCAAAUGACGCAUUUGCUGCUUUGCAGUCCUUCCUGUCCCGUUAUACGGCUGUUAGACAUGGCCACUAAAAGUAGAAGACAUGAAGCGAUUACAGGGUUUUGAUCACAGAUUUGUUGGUAGCAUUACUCGCGUUUGGUGGAAUCACCGUGUGAGCAAUGUUGAGGUCAGGCAAAGGACACUAGGCAAGUCGAUUGAUGAUGUUAUGAACCCCAGUCGACUGAAAUGGCUUGAGCAUGUACUGUACAUGCCGAACCACUGCUUACUUCGACGUGGCAUACUAGAGUAAGUUGGAUUAUAUUGGAAGGGGGUUGGUGGAGAGAUUAGAGCAAGACAUGACACGGGUCGAUGAAGUCUGUUAGUGUUGGUCUGAGUCGUGUGAGGAAUGUGGAGUGUGUUGUUUUGGUCCUUAAGAUGAAAGUAAUCAGUGGUUGAGAAGUGAUUCUUGGUGAGAUGGCUGAAAAUCGGUGACAGUGGCGUAGAUGUAGCCAGAGGAUCUCCAUGAAGUAAGUCGACCGUUGCGAAGUCAAACGUAUUUAAGGUUAUAUCUAUUGGUUUAUCUGUGAUGAAAUUGAAUAGGAAUAGUGACGGUUGAUAUACUCGGUCAACACCACUAGUUGUCAUUAGUUCUUAUGACUACUCUCCAUGUACUGUAACACGACCAUGUGAGUUCGAGUGGAGAGCUUUGAUAAGCAUUAUAUACUUGUUCGGUACUUCCUUCACAACCAAACACUCCACGGUUGAUAGAGUCAAAUUCUGCCUUUAGGUUGAGAAAUAUGGCAAGUGUCGCCACCGAUAGGUCUGCAUGUGUUCCAGAACCUGUCACACGGUUAAAAUAUGAUGGAUGCUCCCUCGUCCAGUUCUGUAUGAGAUCUGCCUGGUUUUCUCGGAUUUUCGUUUCUUGAGCUAUACUUAGUUGUCAAGGUUUGGGUAGUGGAAAUGACAUGGUCUUGUCAGGUUUAGAUAGUUUUGAUACCGAGAACUAAGGUUCUGAGUGCUUUUUCUACGCCUUGAUUAAAGUAUAUUUAUUGAUCUGGCAACUUCACAUUGACAGGAGGUUGCAUGAAACUUACAGUACUAGGCUCACUUGAGUAAAAGAAGAUUAGCAGGUAGGUGUAAUCAAAGCUAGAUGGAAAAGGCAUUUGCAGCUCUGUAACUGAGUAGUUAACAAAUUAAGCACACCUCAGCGUUUUUGGAAAAUCCUUCCAAGUGUCGUGUUAAUUGCGAUCAAGCCAUCAGUAAGCAGUAAGAAUGAGACAUGUAGACACAGCUAAAGCACUAGCAAUUCGAACCGUCUUUGCACAUAGAAAGCAAGUACGAACAGCUUUUUUGUUCACCAUGGAUAUCGUGAGGAAUUGAUCAGUAAAAUACUUCCUUCUGAUGUAGUUAUAUUUCAUUUUCUUAUCAUCUGUGUAUUUUCUUAUUCUAAAUGCCUACGUAACCUUCCUUUUUCAUGCAGUCUGCUUCCAUAUCUGACUUAUAAUUGUUCUAGAAUUCUCUAUGAUUUCAUGAAUGUACAGCUAAGAGAAUGAGUUUUUGAGAAGAAAAUAUUUCUUCACUGC